CAGAGCUCAGAAACAUUUACUUUGAGAAAUGUGGCCUUACCUUAUGUAGAGCACAGGAAUACAACAAACUCGGAGAUCUCUCAGAAGGAUUCAUCACUGAAUAAAAUGUCAACGUACAGCAUUCAAAAAUCAUCUAAUCAAACCGAUAUCAGAAAUCCUUCUGUUGCAGUUAAAAGUAGACAACAGGUUAUUCAAGAUAACAACAAGCGAAGGACUUUGUUGCAAGAUAACAGCUGGAUAAAGAAGAGAUCUGAGGAGGAAAACACCGAUGAAAAUUAUGGGAGGGCUGUCCUAAACCAAUACAAAUCCCAAGAUGGCUUACACAGGAAUGUGAAUGAAAAAGAAGAUCAGAAAGUUUACCUUGGCCGAUACAGAUCUGAUACUUCUUUAGACAAAAUUUCAGAUAGAAGUGAUGUUGAGAAAGCAAAUAAAUCCCCAGUCUUGGAUAAGAAGCCAACUAAUAGGCAGUCCUGGGCUCCUACCACAUCAGUCACUACCACUGAUACCACUAGUACCUCUCCUGUGAAGAAAAAAAGGCAAUCUUGGAUGCCACCCCCUGUCUCAGGUUAUAAGGUAUCUACAGACUCUGUGGAAACUAAAAGGCAGGAUCAGACCCUACCAAAUGCAGCUACCACAACAACUACUGAUACUAAACGAAAGACUCCUGCAGAAAAUACUGGCAGGUCAAAGAUGACUAUCAGUUCAUCAGAACAAAUUACAUCUCAAAGGUCAACAACUUCUGUGGAAGAGCAAACUACUACAAGGGAGGUAUCUCCAGCUGAUACUGAAAGAAGAAGCACAACUGAGAGAACUACAAGAGGAAAAGACCUUGAUGAUCUCAAUGCAGUAAACAGUGCUGCACAGAAAGAUAAGAGAGGUCAAGACCUUGUUGAUGUCAUUGAAGUAAAGAAAUCUGUGGACCAAAAUAAAAAAGGGACAACUGAACAAGUCUCUGUUUUUGCUACGGUUCCAAAUAACCAAUCUGGCACCAACUACCUUGAUGACACAAAAAAAGGAUCCAGGUUGUAUGUCUUACCUACUAAGAGCCUCAUACCCCAAGAGAAAUCAAUGAGUCCCCUGCAGUGGUGUAGACACUUUUUGGAUCAUCCGACUCCUGAGAUAGAAGCCGCAAAACGUUCCCUGUGCUUUAGACUGGAACAAGCUAGCCGAUGGCGGAAUCUCUUCUCUACGCCUGUCUCCUUGGCUUUCCCUUAUAGUCCUGUUGCAAGACUGUCCCCAUAUAGCAAUGGCUUUAACAGUCCCAACUUCUCUAAAACCUCGAAUAAAGCAAUACUAACACCUGAAAGGACAGGUUAUACUUCCAGAAGUUCCCCUCUCAGCCCUCAGUCAUCAAUAGACAGUGAACUGAGCACUUCGGAACUUGAGGAUGAUUCUAUCUCCAUGGGAUACAAACUACAGGACCUCACUGAUGUUCAGAUCAUGGCUCGACUGCAGGAAGAAAGUCUCAGACAAGAUUAUGCUUCUACUUCAGCCUCUGUGUCAAGACACAGUUCAAGUCUAUCUCUACAUUCAGGAAAGAAAGGGACAUGCAGUGAUCAGGAAUAUGAUCGCUACAGUCUUGAGGACGAAGAAGAAUUUGACCACCUGCCCCCUCCACAGCCUCGACUUACUCGUUGUUCACCAUUCCAAAGAGGAAUUCCACACUCACAGACUUUUUCCAGUAUUCGGGAGUGCAGAAGAAGCCCCACUUCACAGCAUUUCCCUUCAAAUAAUUAUCAGCAGCAGUACUAUUCUCCUCAAGCCCAAAUGCCCGAGCAGCAACCAAAUAGGAUGAAUGGAGAUAAACUCCGAAGAAGCAUGCCUAACCUAGCUCGGAUGCCAAGUACUCCUACCAUUAAUAGCAAUGCAAGCUCUCCAGUCACUGUGAGGAAUAGUCAGAGCUUCGAUUCCAAUCUACAUGGAGCUGGUAAUGGGAUUUCAAGAAUGCAAUCUUGUAUUCCAUCUCCAGGACAACUGCAGCAUAGAGUUCAUAGUGUGGGACAUUUUCCAGUGUCUGUCAGACAGCCUCUGAAAGCUACAGCGUAUGUAAGCCCAACUGUGCAAGGCAGCAGUAAUAUUCCUGUGUCCAAUAGCCUGCAGUUGCAUUCUAACACUGGAAUCCCAAUGCCAAACAAGACUGCCAAUGCAGGGAUUGUUGGACGCAGUGCUCUUCCAAGACCAUCAUUGGCCAUAAGUGGCAGUAGCAUACCCAGGAGUAAAAUUGCACAGCCCGUUCGAAGUUUUCUUCAGCCUCCAAAGCCACUUUCUUCACUUAGUACUCUACGAGAUGGGAGUUGGAGAGAUGGCUGCUACUGAUGUUGAAUACUCCUGAACAACAGAAAAUAAAUGAUGCAGAUUUGAUUACCCAGCUGGCUGGGUAACUCUGUUAAAAGAGGGGAGGGUCACACAGUAUUAUUUCCCCUGAGGUUUUAAUAUCUAAGAAUAUCCAUAAUGCAGUGUCAUUUAAAAAAUGAACACAUUAAAUACUAAAUAUUGCACUUAGUCAUUUGCCUGGAAAACUGCAGUGUUAUCAAACUAACAGUUGCAGUAUUUAUCAUUUAGAACUUUAGUAUUUUUAUGUAUGUGCAAAAUACCAGAAAUACUUCCUUUGAGUGAACUAAGAACCACGAUUUCAAACAGCUUUGCCAUAUUGAAAUGUUGAGACAGUUUGUUCAAGUGUACUUCUAUAAAGGCAUUAUGCUUUUUUUUCCAGAUUUGGGGACCUAUAUUUAUUUACUUGAUUUCCCGGCCCACCCAAGAACUUUAUUUUUUGCACUUAAUUUCUUUUACGCUUGCUUGAACCACAGAGAGAGGAUUUAAUAUUUCUGUGUGCCAUAAAUAAUAUUUUUGUGGUAAUGUACUAUUUUUUAGCACUAGGAACAUAUCCUACAAAAAUACAUUCAUGGGCAAUAUGAAAGCAGUAUUUUAUGUUGUGGAAGCACAAACAAGUAGCAUUCACUGGAAACUGCCAUACGGCUGGCAGUCAUAAUGAUUUCGUCAGUGUCUUUCAUUGUUUGUUCAAAUGUUAAUUUAUUAUCAUAGUGUUUUGUAUUUAUGAUGGCAGCGUAAAUCACAUUGCACUUAAGAUAUAAUAAUGAUCUCUAAACUACAGUUGACUUUCAGUACUUUAUUACAAAGAAAAAAAUUGUAACAUUUUAUUAACAGUUGCUUAUGGAAAAUGAAUGAGUUUUAAUGUGAAUAAAUCUUUUUGAUAGACCUUUUACAAAAUCCAGUUGCACUAAUCGAUGCUUUCUUAUAAUGGCAUAUGAUUUAAUAUUUGAUUACAACUGUGUAUACUGCUGUUUUGGAAUGUUUCAGAAAUAAAGAAUCUAUUUCGGCAAUA